CCCUGCAGCUAUGCGACGGAGUUAGGUGCACAAGCGACGACCACCUGAUCAAUUAUUAUAUGCUAAGGGCAAAGACGCGAAUAACGACGUAUUUCUUUAUUUUGGGCAAACAAUCACGAAGUAAAUGCACGUACUGUUUUAAGUUUAAAAAUAUCCACUAGAUCGAUAUUUUUAGCCAGAGAAGACGCGGUCGGUGCGGAAUCACGAUCGCUAUUUUUGUUCUGAGUGACGGCAUUAACCAAUAUAGCAUCGGUAGACUUCUACGGUUUGGUGUUUAAAUGUCCCAGAAGAAACACCAGUGAUAGAAAUUACUGCUCUAAGAGAUUUACUUCCUGUCGCACAAAAUAAGCACCCACCGUUAAGCCUGACUUACGAUGUCAAAAGGAGACAAAUGAUACGUGAGCGAAAAAAUAGGGUUUCCGCCAUUGAACCGGGUUGAAGUGGAUCGCACCACGGCCACACGAGACCUUCUUUACAUAUGAUCUUCGUUGGGCAACUUGAAAAAUUGUUUGUAUCGUAAUUUUGAAAGCAUGAACCACACAUAGAACACGCAUUAUUGGUGCCAAAAUAUUUGCCAAGAGCGAGAACUUCAAGCGUAUCUAUGAAACACCGUUUAAAGCCAGUGCAGUCGUAGUAUGAGUAAUGCUGAGACAGAUGCGCCGCAAAUUGCCAAGCGAUAAACCACAAGUGACAUCACAACCGAAGAAGUCACGUGACGAAAUAUCUCAUCGCCAGCAGCUUGUGAAUUCUGAGGCCAAUCUCUGAUUGAAAGCAUUUAUCUAUGCGGGAUGGGCGUUCGACGUUGCCUGGGGGUAGUUUCAUAGUCUGUUGUGAUUUUUGUAGUAAACUAAUCAUAUAACGCACAUCAUAGUAUUGGCUGACGUGACAGCGACUGCACUGACGUUUCUUCGACUGCACUAAAGGCGUAGAAACAAAGAAAGGCUCGCGAGAGACGUCGACGACGCCCAAUGCGCGAAGAACGGAGAAAAUCCCACGCGUAGCUCGUCUCUCUUUUAUGCUCUCCCACUAUUUUGAUCUGUGUAGCGUAAGAAGAAAUACAACGAGUCACGUAGGAAACGAUAUCAGCGUUGCCGGGUUUUAACAGCGAGGUCGGUUGUUACAAACCACAAGUUAUGAGUUUUGUCAAAUCGCGUGAUAGUCAUUUUCUUAGGUUUUGAUUUAGAAUAUUUUUGAACAUGGACGGAAUAGGACCUGAGACAGUAAAUUCUACGUUGUCACCGGCUGAGAUUAACGAACUUUCUAAAAUCGACAGCUGUCUUUUCGGUGACCGUGUUUUGGAGAAGGAGGAUGAAGCGGCGAGACUGAAGGCACUGUUGAAAAAGGGGGUCGAGCAUUACACCAAACUGGCCACUGAGACAAAAGACAAUAAAGUAUUGUCAGGUCAUCUCUGUAAAUUGGGGCACUUUCAUUUACUACUUGAAGACUACCACAAAGCCUUAUCUGCUUACAACAGAUACUACACUCUGCACCCAGAUCAUUGGAGAAAUUCUGCUUUCUUGUAUGGGGUUGGCAUAGUUUAUUAUCACUUCAGCGCCUUUUCGUGGGCCACAAAGUUUUUCCAGCAAUUGAUUUACAAUGAUCCAUGCUUUCGAAAAGCAGGGGAAGUAUUUUGCAGGUUGGGUCUAAUCUUCAAGAUAAGUGGCAGCCACGAAGCUGCUAUCAAGCAUUUUAAACUUGCCCUCAGUGACCACCGUAGCAGUGGAAUAAGUAGAUGUGAAAUAAAAUUCCAUCUGGGCCAUUUAUAUGAAAUUCAACAGAGAUUUAAUGAAGCUAAAACAGAAUAUGAAGACAUAUUGAAGCUUCCCCCAGCUCAACUUACAACUGCUGUGCAGGCAAAUACGUUAAGGCAGUUAGGAUGGCUGUAUCAUACAGUAGAAGAAUUUGAUCCUGCAACGAGGUCACAGAAAGCACUGGAAUUACUGCAGAGAUCUAUUGAAAUUGAUUCAAACAAUGGUCAAACAUGGUACUUGUUGGGAAGGUAUCAUUCCAGCAUGGGAAAAGUACAUGAUGCCUUUGUUUCUUAUCGGCAGUCUAUCGAUAAGUCUGAAGCAAAUGCUGAUACAUGGUGUUCGAUCGGGGUUUUAUAUCAAGAGCAGAACCAACCGAUGGAUGCUUUACAAGCUUACAUAUGUGCUGUGCAGCUUGAUAGAGGUCACGAGGCAGCAUGGCGUGACCUCGCUAUAUUGUACGAAGCAUGUCAGCAACCUAAAGAUGCUUUAGUUUGCUAUAUCAAUGCACAAAGGUGCAAAGAAAAUAAAAAUGACGGUAUUCAAAAUCCUGAAGUUGCGGAGCGCGUAAAAGCGAUAGAGCAAAUAAUUAAAGCACAAGACAUGAAUGGUCAACAAAAUCAUGGGAAAAUACUGCCUUCCAUUGAAGAAGCAUGGACUUUACCAAUUCCUGCUGAACUGACGCAGAGGCAAAGCGCAUUUAAAUGUUCUCCAUCAGUAAAGCAAGAUUCAAAGUCUUUUUUGACCUCCAACCCGUCAACCUUAUCUUCAACCCCAGGUCACAUAGUGAAUCAAAACACUGAUGAGGCAAAGUCUCCAAUUCUAGAGCAGUCUUGCAGCUGGUAUCUAACACCACAACAACUGCAAGUAAUGCAUAACCUUCAAUUGAAUAAACCUCUUUUGACGCCAACUCAAACAAUGGAACUCGAGAGACUCCAACACACUCACUUGCUGAUGCUGGAACAUCAGAAAAAACUGACAAAAUCAACUGAUGGUAAUAAUGUUUCGAAAACUGAAAAUAAAACUGAUGAUACAGACUCCAAAAAGAACACUCUAUUGCCUUCAAUUACACAGCUUCAAUCAGGCUCUAGCGACACAAAUAUCGAUGUUGUCAUAAGUUCGCCGAAAGAAAUUGAGGAAACUUCUUUACAAGAUUCUGAGAUUCCAAAUAGACCAUUUCCACCGUUAUUGACACCUUGUGGAAUUUCAGAAACCAUGCUGGCUCGUGAAGUCAUCACGACAUGUCGAAAAAUCGUAUCAAAUCAUACUGUUCCAACUGAACAUUUAUAUUUAGAUAAAUGUCCUCCUCCAAAUCGUACAUCAACUCCACAACCAUCUUUGUCAAAAGAUAAGUUGUGUCCUCCCACACCAACAAUUUAUUUGGAAAAUAAAAGAGAUGCAAUGUCUAAAGCUUUAGCUAAUUUUUGCACACAUCCUGGAAAUCCUGUAACAGUUAUCCGUGGGCUUGCUGCCGCACUAAAAUUAGAUCUGGGACUUUUUUCAACUAAAACUUUAGUAGAAUGUAAUGGUGAUUGCCAGGUUGAAGUCAGAACCCAAUUUCGGCAACCAUCUGAUGAAAACUGGGAUGUAACUGGCCAGAAACGUGUAUGGAAAUGUGAAAGCAGUAGAUCUUUUACAAGCAUUGCAAAGUAUGCGGAAUAUCAGGCAGCUACGUUUCAAGAGUCAUUGAGGGAAGACACAAAAAAGCACCAGUCGUCAAGUACUGGUGGUGAUGGGCACUCUCACAAGGACCAGUCUAUUGAAACUGACAAGUCAACAGAUGCUCAAGGCAUUAAGAAAAAGAAUUUCAAAAUAAUUAAGUUUGGCACUAACAUCGAUUUAUCAAAUGAGAAAAAGUGGAGAGAUCAGCUCCAAGAGCUGGCAAAAUUGCCCUGGCUUUUUCGAUUGGUGUCUGCUGGUAAUAUGUUAAGCCAUGUUGGUCAAACUAUUCUUGGCAUGAACACAAUACAGUUAUAUAUGAAGGUUCCUGGCUCUCGAACACCAGGCCAUCAAGAAAAUAAUAACUUUUGUGCUUUGAACAUCAAUAUUGGCCCGGGUGAUUGCGAGUGGUUUGCUACACCAGAGGAAUAUUGGGGAGUUAUAGCCGAGUUGUGUGAACAAAAUAAUGUGGAUUAUCUAUCUGGUUCGUGGUGGCCUAUAUUGGAGGAUUUGUAUAAUAGAAACGUGCCAGUAUACAGGUAUAUACAAAAACCUGGUGACCUUGUGUGGUUGAAUGCCGGUACUGUACAUUGGGUACAAGCGAUUGGUUGGUGCAACAACAUAGCUUGGAAUGUUGGACUGAUAUCCGCAUAUCAAUACCAAAUGGCCGUUGAAAGAUAUGAAUACAAUAAGCUGACAAAAUACAAAUCAAUUGUACCUCUCAUCCACUUAACAUGGUACUUAGCACAACACAUUCGUAUUACCGAUUUCAAGUUGUUUAGAAUGUUGAAAACUUGUAUGAUGCGAACAUUAUGGCAAAGUCAAAAGACAUUGGAUACAUUGAAGCAAAGUGGUAUCAGUGCUGUUUGGCAUGGCAAAGGAGAAAAUGAACCAGCACACUACUGUGAAAUAUGUGACGUGGAAGUAUUCAAUCUCCUCUUUGUGAGACAGAUUCAAGGUAGCAAUAGCCAUCUGGUGUACUGUGAAGAUUGUGCCAGAAAGGAAAGCACAAACUUGUCUGGCUUUGUUGUAUUAACUCAAUAUCACAUGGAUGAGUUAAUGACAAUAUAUGACCAAUUUACCUUAGCUACUAAACGAGUAAAAAAGACAUAGUUGAUGUGUUUAAUGCCAUGAUUUUUAUGAACACGAUUGGGAUUAUAAACACCUUUGUUUGUGCAUAUAGGCAUAUUUACCAAACAUACCUUCAUUUUUUGUGUAAAUUGCAUAUUCAGGGAGAGGGAUAUAUUUUCAUGGGGUUUAAAGUUUUCUUUAUUUUUUUUUUGUAAGAAUUUUAGAAUGGUGAUAUAUUGAUCAUGCAUUGACAAUUAGUCUAUAAAAUUUAUCUAUGUUCAAAAGUUGUUCGAUUUUCAAACUGUAUCCCAAAAUGAUAGUAUAUAACUUUACAGUGUAAAAUCGUUAUACAUAGAUAAUUUGACAGAAAAAAUUGCUUGACUGUCUUGUCAUCUACGUGUCAUUCAAAUAAAUUGACUGCUUGAGUUUAAACAUUCCCAUUGGCAGUUCAUGAAGUGGUGUCUAACAGCUCAAGUUGUUUAAAAAAGCCUCGUUGAUUGAGUCUAUGAUUCCUAUGUAUUGCUUAGUAUUUAUAAAACACAAUAGUUAAUACUCUAGGAAAAUGAGUCUUGUUUUGUGAAAUUAUUAGUUAAUAUGAAUAUUUAUUAUUAACUGACCUGAAUUCGUGACUAGUAUUUUGUAAAAAAUGUUCCUUUAACUAAUUUAUUCCAUAAAUUACCGUUUUAAUGAUGUAGGAAAUUUGUAGAAAUACAGUGAUUCAAUAAAUCCUUGUACAGUAAAAUACCUUUUUGUAAUUUUUUGAUAAUGUUCUGGUUUUUUGAAUUACUCAGCAUAAUGUACAAUGAUAUUUUUGUACUUUUUAAAUACUAUUUAAAUUGGCCUAAUUUAUACUACUUCUCGUGCUUGGGAGUGGACCGCUUGUAUUAAUAAUUGAAAAUUGCUAUUUGUAUCUUAAUUUUUCUUAUCUGUGACAUGUAUUCAUCAAUAAUAACGCCUUCCAUAUGCCCUUGUGGCUUGUGAAUGUCUAUAAAUAAUGUUUAUAAGUCAUGAUGGUAUCAUUAUGUUGUUGAUUAUCUAGAUUUUUGGUACUGUAUUAUACUUGUAGGCUUUGAAUUUGACCUUAGGCGAAUUGUGAAUGUUGUGCGUUUUUCGUCAUAGGCAUAGUUUCGUUAUCAAAUCCCCAGGGUCAAAAGCUGCAGAAUCGCGGCACACAAUUACCUCGUUAGAGAGCAACUAACAGCCAUCAUCUUCUACCUGAUUUGUGUAUUUUAUAAUUUUGCAUAAUAUGCAAUUAUUCCAUUCUUUCAGGAAUUUGGCACUUGCAUAGAAUGUAUACAAAACAUACUGAAUGACUGUAGUAUUGUGUAUCGCGGGUUUGCAUGAAUUGAUGUCCCUAUCGAUAAGCUUGUAUUGAUUACGUUUUGACAGUUGAUAAUUUAACUGACAGCGUAGUAGUGCCGAUGUGUAGGUCUCUGCACGAUUUUAUACUUAUAUGUAAGCUACGUCCUAUCAUAUUGAUUAUGAGGUUGUGUACUAUUUUGAUAAUCGCAUUUAAACUGAGUUCUGAAACAAGCCAUAAUCAGAUAUAGCUUGGCUGGCCUCUGCUAUUUUUAAUGCUGUUUGUAUAUUGUUUCCCUUAAGUUUAUGGUAAAUUAAUCUUUCAUCCGGCUCUUUUCUCAAAUCACACAUUAGAAUUAAAAUACUUGGUAACAACUAAUAAAUUAUAGAGAUCUGCUUAUUUUAUUCUGGCAUGGUCCUCAUGGGCUUGAUUAGCCUAUGUAUUAUUAUUCGUAAAAAAUUGUAUCAUAUUUUGUCAAUGUCUCAUAGUUUUCAAAAAACUAGUUCAAAAUUUUCCGCUGUACUUCUCUCAUCUUGCUUUUUUUAUCAGUUAUAUCAUAUAUAGUCAUGGUUUUUGCUUAGAUGGUUUCAAAAAUUCCAUUGGAAAUUUUUUCCAACUAUUUGUUGUAGCAUUGUUUUAAAAAAUUCCUAAGAGUUUGGAUCAUUCAAAAAAAUUUUAAUAAUAACUCGAAUGAUAGUCAAUAUAAUAUUGAAUAUCCAAAAAACGUAACUAUGUGUCAUACGGCUUUAUUGUGUAUUCAGAAUUUGAAAUGUAUGGCAUGAAUUGCAAGACAAUCUAGAAUAUAACAGAAAUGAUUUCAGAACACUUUUUUUGUUAGUCGGACUUAUAUGCAGAACUCGUCAUUUACCAGGUUACUUACAUGGUGAUGUCCGAACACUAGAAAUACAUGCCACAAUUCAGUAAGGAUUUUACUGAUUUUCCCAUUCUGUUACAAUAUUUUUGCGCUCUCACCCUCUAACAUAUUUGGAUUUGUAAAGUGGAUUUUUCCAACUAUUAUGCGUCUCAGGCACGCAACAAUCCGUGGUUCAGAGGUGUCUCCAUAAUUUAAAACAUAAUUUUUUACUCUUUUCUAUUUCGCUGACUUGAAGUUGGUUUCGUUACCGGUAUAUCAUUAACACUUUGGUUCAUUCUAAUAUUUUGUUCAGUACCAUAAAAGUAAUUGUUUGUCACUAGUUGUCGAAUAAAAGAUUAUUUGGAAAAUUCGAUGAACGUUUGUGGGGUGAAAUCUACUUUUUACCGAAUCGCUAAGAGUCUGGCUUCUUGUUGCAAGUUUUUUCGGAUAAAUUCAGUAAUAAAAUCGAUUUGAUCGCAACAACCAAAAGUAACAGCAUUGGUUACAAAUCAAUCUGUCAUUCCUCACUGCCUGUUUGCGUAUUAUAAAGUUGGCCAAUUCAAUUUUCUGCUUCAAAUCAAGCUUGAUUGGUAUUCAUGUGUGCGAAUUGCAUACACUAGGUAUGUAUAGCUGACUAUUUUUGUUAUGUGUGACUAUAUCAUCUGUUUCCUGUUUUUCAUCUGGCUAUUACUACUAUUAUGUUCUCUUUACUGUGUAAAUGUUUUUUUACUUUUCAUUUGAAACCUGUUUUUGGUAGGAAAAUAUAUUUAUUUGACAGGAAGUUGUA